CCAUACCCUCAUUUUCUCUUAACCAACAAGUAUCCCCCCAUACUUUCCUCCAUAAUUUUCAUCAUUUUUUUUCGACCAAAAAAUUAAAAAACCAUAUAUUAUAUUACACAACAAAACUAACAAACAUACCAUGACACUUCUAAGAAAUCCCUUUAUUUUAUUCACCAUUUUUAUCAUUAUUAUUAUGUCAUUUUCAUCUUGCUAUAGCAUUAAAUUCCUUGAUGAUGAUCACAACAUAAAUAAUCUUGAAGAGGAAUUUGGUAAUGAUUUUCAUUUUAAAGCUUAUCCUUCAAAUUAUUUCAACACCAUUCUUGGUCAUGAAAAAAACAACAAUAUGAAGAAAAAUCUUGAAAUAAUUAGUAGAUUUCAAAGAUUUAAGAAUUUGGAGAAAUUAGAUGAAGAAGAAAAUCAAGCUAAGGUUAUAACAAUUAGUGUGGAUAGGUUUGGAGCUAAAGGUGAUGGAAAAAUAGAUGAUACAAAUGCAUUUCAAAAAGCAUGGAAAGAAGUUUGUUCAUCUUCAAAUGUUGUGAAUUUUGUGGUGUCCAAAAACAAGAAAUAUCUUCUCAAACCAAUCAAAUUUUCUGGGCCAUGCAAAUCUUCCAUUACAAUGCAGAUUUAUGGAACCCUAUUAGCAUCUGAUGAUACUUCGAAUUACAACAAGGAUAGUAGGCACUGGCUUAUUUUUGAUAGUGUUCAAAAAUUGGUUGUUGGAGGAGCUGGAGUUAUAAAUGGCAAUGGCAAAAUUUGGUGGAAAAAUUCUUGCAAAAUUAAUAAAAAAUUGCCCUGCAAGGUAGCACCCACGGCCCUAACAUUUUACAAGUGCAACAACUUGAAAGUGAAGGACCUUAAAAUAGAAGAUGCACAACAAAUACAUUUGCUAAUUGAGAAAUGUGUUGUUGUUGAAGUUUCAAAAUUGGUAGUGAGUUCUCCAGAAAAUAGCCCUAACACUGAUGGAAUCCAUAUAACUAACACUCAAAAUAUUCAAAUUUCUGACUCCACUAUUGCCACAGGUGAUGAUUGCAUCUCAAUAGUGGAUGGAUCUCAAAAGGUCCUAGCCACUAGCAUUACUUGUGGACCAGGUCAUGGAAUAAGUAUUGGAAGUUUGGGAGGUGGAAAUUCAGAAGCUCAUGUGUCUGAUAUUCAUGUAAAUGGAGCUAAGCUUUUUGGAACAACAAAUGGACUUAGGAUUAAAACUUGGCCGGGAGGAUUUGGAAGUGCAAGCAAUAUUAAGUUUCAAAAUGUGGUUAUGAAUAAUGUCAAAAAUCCAAUAAUUAUAGACCAAAAUUAUUGUGAUCAAGCUGAUGGUCCAUGCAAAGCUGAGACCGAUUCAGCAAUUCAAGUGAAAAAUGUGAUUUAUCAAAAUAUCAAAGGCACGAGUGCAACAAAUGAUGCUAUAAAU